CUAACCAUAUAAUCUCACCACAGAUGCUUCGAUUCUCACUGCAAGAACAAGAAGACCACUCACUCCAUGGAUCUUGAGCAUGGCAACAAGAAGCCCUCUGCGCCGGCUGCAACCUCAGCCUGCACGCUCCUGCAGCUCAGGGACAGGCUCAUCACACUGCAGCCGAUCGUGCUGCGCGCAGCUGCGGCCCUGACCACGGCGGUGGCGGCCGCAGUCAUGGCGCUGAACACCCAGUCCUACACCGCGGUGGUUGCCAUCGUGGGCACCAGGCCGCUCACGCAGACCUUCACUGCAAAGUUCAGAGACACGCCUGCGUUUGUGUACUUUGUCAUAGCCAAUGCCAUUGCCGGUGUGUAUAACAUGGUGGUUUUGGUCAUGAGGCGCCUUCUGCGGCGAAGGACGGCGAGUUUGGUUGUGCAUAUGCUUGACAUGGUGAUCAUGGCUCUGUUGGCUACCGGUGCUGCCACAGCAGCCUCGAUGGCCGAGCUAGGCAAGAACGGCAACUUGCACGCGCGGUGGAACCCGAUAUGCGACAGAUUUGGUUCUUUCUGCAACCGUGGAGGCAUCGCGCUCGUGUCAUCGUUCAUCGGCGUCGCCCUCAUGCUGGCCCUGAACUUACUGUCAGCUGCAGCCAACGCUCCCCAGCCCAAUAUGGCGGGCCAAUGAGUAGUCCAUUUCUCAGACAGCUCAUGAGUAGUUUCACUACACUGCACUGUUUCUGUACUUGGAUCUCACUCUGGUUAAGGCAACACAACUGUGAGUCUCUCUGGUAGGCAUGUGGAACUGGAUCACAGCAUGGAGUACUGCCAAAUUUGGUGUCAAACUGUUUCAUCCUGCUUGGCCUGAAAUGGGUAAACCAAUAGUGCACAAGCACAUAACUGCAAUUGGUUAUAGAUCUUUGAUAAAUUAAGUCAUCGCGCUAUUAAAAUUCUACUACUCUGUGGUUGUAAGUUGUAACUGGUAGUAUUGUAUAGAUGCUAGUUUGCUUUCUUCAGGAAAUCUGUGCUUAUUGUACUCAGAAUUUGUUUUGUUAUCUGAAUACUGAAACUGUGCCUAUAGUUCUGCA